GUCCGAUUUCAACGGUGAUACAUCUGCCGACUACGUCAUAUCACAUUUCUUUUGAAAAAUUUCGAAAUCAAACUAUUCCCGUCGAUAUAUUGAUCUACGCGUGGACGCAACGUUCAAGGUUCGUUCGAUAAAGAUUGUCUUCGUCUAAGUCAAUUUCUCAAUGGCUUCCAAUUCUUGUAGAGGUGGUACCGGUGGCUCCUUUUACGGCGGCGCCGCUCCUUAUAGAUCAAGAGAGGGUCUAAGCACGAGACCUGUCGCUGGUUCAGAUGAAAUACAACUGCGGAUCGAUCCGAUGAAUGCUGACCUGGACGAUGAGAUCACGGGUCUCCGUAGCCAAGUGAGGCAAUUAAGAAACGUUGCGCAAGACAUACAUUCAGAAGCAACAUUUCAGAAGGAUUUUUUAGAUCAGCUGCAAAUGACCCUGAUCAAAGCUCAAGCAGGUGUGAAGAACAAUAUGAGGAGAUUAAACAAGAGCAUUGUCAAACAUGGUUCAAAACAUAUUGUUCAUGUUGUUCUAUUUGCUCUACUUCUUUUCACUAUGCUCUACCUGUGGUCUAAAAUGUUCAGAAGAUGAGGUUGGUGCACCUGCUGCACAAUUACCAUGCUAAGAAUCUCUUGAAUGAAGGCAAUUUGGUUUCUGGCUGUGCCAAAGGGUUAUUGCAUAGGCUCUUGAUGUAAAAGCCAUUUCAAAUGACCUUUGCAGAUGUCAUGAUAUUUUGAAUCUGUUGUCGGUUCCAGUGUAAAUGAUCUGAGUAAUAUUAUUCUUUAGCUUUGACAAAUAAUCUCUACAUCAGUAAAAGCGUUGUUAAUUCCA